AGCUGAUCAACAAAGAGACGAGAUCGCUCACAAAUAAGUCACUGCAGCUGACUUUGUCCAGAGGGAUUUUGGCCAUGGCUAUGCCAUCUGAAAUCAUGAAGACAACGACAGAGAGAGAGGAUAAACACCCAGAGGUUGUGUCAUCAGAGAUCAUGAAGGCAUCAGCGCAGAGUCAGAGUAAACACCCAAAGGUUGUUCACCUCCUUGACUCUGUGAAGAAAACAGCUUUUGUUGUUGGCACGGCCCUGCUUGUAUUCGCUGCUGCCAGAAAUUCUAUCACAUGGCAUCUGCAGCAGUUCUGGGGAGCUUCUGGAGAUUUCUGGCAGAGGCAGUGGACAUUUAUAUACCAGCUGUUUGGAGAGGAUGAUGUCUUCAUAGGAAUAUGGGGAACCCUUGGAUUUACCACAGCAGUAUUCUGGCUAGCCAACCUGCUUUUCCUCUUGAUUGACAUUACGGGGAAACCAGCAGCGUUAAUUAAGUACAAAAUACAGCAGGAUAAAAACAUACCUGUGCCAUUCCCCAAGCUGAUGAAGGCAGUGCAGCAGGUGUUGUUCAACCAGAUCAUCCUGGGCAUUCCCUUCAGCUAUGUGGCCUACCAGGUGAUGCAGUGGAGAGGCUGUAGCCAUAAGGCUGAGGAUUUGCCCACCUUCCAGUGGGUACUCCUGGAGAUGUUUGUCUUCUCCCUUGUGGAGGAGAUCUGCUUCUAUUAUACUCACAGAUUAUUUCACCACCCUCGAGUAUACAAGUACAUCCAUAAACGUCACCAUGAGUGGACUGCCCCUAUAGGCCUCGUCUCCAUCUAUGCCCACCCUGUGGAGCACAUUCUCAGUAACAUACUGCCCCCCACCCUGGGGCCUGUGCUGAUGGGCUCCCACCUGGCUACCUCCUGGAUGUGGUUUGGGGUGGCCCUUAUCUCCACCACGGUGGCCCACUGUGGGUACCACUUCCCACUGAUCCCCUCCCCUGAAGCCCACGACUUCCACCACCUCAAAUUUAACCAGAACUACGGUGUCCUAGGCAUACUGGAUCGCCUGCAUGGGACUGACGAGGUUUUCCGUACCACCAAGGCCUACCAGAGACACAUACUGCUGCUGGGGUUGUCUCCCCUGACCCAGCAGAUCCCUGAUGAUACCAAGGACAAAAAAUCCAACAUAUCCAAAGGCAAACUAGAGUGAUGUGUGCCAGAACCUUUGCUUCGCCCCUUCCUGCCCCUUCUACUCUCUCCCACCAGUCACCAUGGGUCUUGUGAUAUCACAUUAGUGUAUAUAGAUAAAAUUAUUGGGCUUUCAGUGUCACUCAGUGACUUUGCCUUAAUGUUGUUUGUGUCUGCAUUGCAGCACAAUUUUUGUUGGAGCACGAAACAGCUUUUAUAAGAAGGGAAACAAAGUGUGUUUUAAAAACAUUAUACAUCCAUCUAGACAAUCUACUAUGAUGGCAUUUAUGUGUUGCCAUCAUUUAUUCAGAUAUUGUUUUAAUGGGGUGACAAUCACAAGUCAGCAGGGUUUUACUUUUACUGUAAUUACAGUACCUGGUAUCUUUUACAGCAUUUAAUUGCUACGCUUUUUGUCUUACCCUUUCCCCAUUGUACAGUCUUUUAUGUGGGAAAUUUUAACCAAAAGUUUCUUCAAAGGGUCAGAUUUAUUGUGAAAGUUAAGAGAUUAUAAUGUGUCAUUUAUUUGUGAUUGGAUAGAGUUUGAAUCUUCAGUCAGUAAGCCUGUCAGUUAAAUGUAAUUUGUCUUUCUUUGUACCCAAGUUUAUAGGUGAUAAUAAUGAUCUGAUUGUGUUAUAGUAUAGUACAUGGUAUGUGUAUAUGUCCGGUGUCAUUGGCAGAACUUUUGUUCGUCAGGUGAUGUAGUUGUGGCUGGUUUUGUUUGAGAAAUCCGAGAAGAGGAUUGUUAAGAGGAAAAUGCCCACCUCGUUGGAAGUUUGAUUCCAUCUUUGUUAGGUUUGUGAAAUGUACAGCCACAGCAUUUCUAUCAAUGCAAAAACAAAGUGUUUUAUACAUGAUAUAUGUAUUUUUAUUUACUACUGUGACAAUUCAUGUGUUUACAAGACCAAAGUACGCAGGUACAUUGUUGUUUUGAAGUUUGAUCAUACAGAGUAUCUUACCUAGAACUUCAUUUUUCUUACUUGCUUUUCACUUGUGUCAUAUUUGCAGAUUUGCAGUUAUCCUUAUUGGUCAACGCAGCCUGCACGGUUGUGGAUUUUUUUUUUUUUUUUU